ACAAUCUGAAAAUACCGAAUAACGAGGUGCCCUGAAUGCCUCAGUAUACUUACGGAACCACGUUAGGUGCUAUGUUAGCAUGUGAGCAUGACAGUUAGCACAGCAUCCUCGCUGGUACCGGUUCUGUGACCCCUCCUGCAAUCAUGGGAAUGUCCAGCUGGGUCUGAAGAGUCCUGGAGAGCAGGGUCAUGGCCCUGCAGCUGAUCCAGAGAUGUCCACUGCUCUGGCAGUCUUGGAUUCAACGUGUUGGACCCGUCUGCACCACCAGGCUCCUGAGUACAAACUGUGAACGUCAGCCUUUAUGUGUAGCCUGCCUGUGCACCUCAGCUGGCGGCUGCAUCCACAGACAGGGCUGCAAGAAGCUCCAGAUAAGAAGCCUGUCCACCAUUGUAAAGGAGCAGUCAUUCGUCGCCAGCAGCUCUGUAGGACUUCACAGAGAUUCGGGCCCUCGGUUCCGUCUGACCCAGCUGCACCGACCCACGGCUACAGAGGAGCAGGCUUUCCAACAGCGUCUAGGGAGCUGCUCCUCGUCCCGGCAGGUCUUCACGCUGCUGCGCACGGUGGAGAUCAUGUCUGACACCAUGGCUGCAGCAGCACUGCACCGUGUGGCCGACCUGGAGCAGGAGGGGAACUCUCUGAAGGAUCCCACGGUGCUGGAGAAGGACACCAUCAGAGCUCUGUGCUUCCAGCUGGAGCAGGACUCUGGGCGGCUGACGGAUGCUGGGCUUGUAUCGGCUCUCCUGGCUUGCACCCGCCUCUUCUUGGAUCCGUGGAGCACGCUGAUGGUGCGGCUGGUGUCUGAGAGUCAGGAGAGGUUGGACCGAGGGCAGAUGAGCGUAGGGCAGCUGUGUACUCUGGGCCAGGCGAUGCUGGCUCUGGAGGGUCCUGGUUGUGUGAUGCUGGAGCAGGUGAUGGAGCAAAUCCAGAAGCAGGAGCCCGCCCAGUGGAGCCUCGCAGAUCUCAUUGCCGCCUAUAGAUUUCUGCAAGGUGGCGUUUGUGAAGAUGGAAAACACCGGAACCUGCUGAACGCCAUGCACACCCACGCUGUGACAGUCACCUCCCGCAUGGAUCCUCCCGCUGUCGGUGGGGUGCUCAGUGCUCUCGUGACCCUGAACCAGACACAGGCCAUGCCGCUUGUGAUCAAUCUGUGUAAGCAGGCCGUACGUCAUGUACCUCACUUCACUGAUGAGGAGCUCACUGUUGUGCUCGGGGCCCUGAUGCAUUUUGGUCACAGCGAUCACUACUUUGUGGAGGCGAUGGAGAGGUACGUGCCCACGAUGGCCUUCACCUCCCACCCAGAGACAGUCACCAAGGUGAGUCAGUUCUUCGGCCGGAGGAACAUCCUGUCCCCGACCGUGUUCGACGCCAUCGCGGAGAGCUUUGUGUACCGAGCAGACGACUACAGCACCAGCCAGGUGGCCCGGCAGAUCAUGGCUCUCGGAAAGCUCGGCUACCUCCCUUCCAACGCCGGCGCGGUGUUCAGGAAGGUCGAAACCAUCCUGCGCACACGCUUUUCACACUUCCAGCCCCGAAUGCUGCUCAACCUGCUCCACUCCUGCACCCUGGUGGAGAGGUUCCCUGUUAAUUUUGUCUCCAAAGUUUUCAGCAGUUACUUCCUCCAGCAACUGCAAGAGCAGGGCACGGGAAUGGACCGGAUCGUCCUGGCACAGCUGACCCAGCUCUACAUGACUUUGAAGUUGGAGUGUCCUUUCUACGAGGGUCCCAGGCUCCUUCCCAAGUACCGCGUCAAGUCCUUCCUCAUGUCUGGACGCUCUCUGGAGACGCCGGUGGACUUGCAUCUGUACAACUCCGUGAAAAAUGGACUGGUGGAUUUGCUCGGGGCUCGUUCGUACUUUGGAUCCAAAGUUCUGACGCCGUACUGCUACACACUCGACGUGGAGGUAAAACUUGAUGAAGAGGGCUACGUGCUGCCCGCCAGUCACAUUGAUGAAGUAUACAAAAGGAUAGCGCUUUGUAUUGACGGACACAAGAGGUUCACUACAAACACAAGGCAGCUACUCGGAAAAGAGGCCAUCAAGCAGCGACAUCUGAGGCUUCUGGGAUAUGAAGUUGUUCAGAUUCCUUACUAUGAAUUUGAAAAACUGCGAAGCAAGACCAGUGUGGUGGAGUAUCUGCACCAAAAAAUCUUCCCUCACACGUACAGGCUGAGCUGGUGAUGAAACAAAUAAUUAUGCUGCGAAUGUGACUUUUGUCGUGCCCUUUCUUGCUUAAAGAAAUCAGUAUUUAUUUUUUCAAAUAAAUGUAAAUAAAAGUGAAUGUUUUUAAGUUA